CCGCGGCGGCCGGCGAUGGUGACACAUGCGGCGGCGGCGCGCCGGCGGCAGGACCAUGGUUGAGCGCGCCAGCAAGUUCGUGCUGGUGGUGGCGGGCUCGGCGUGCUUCAUGCUCAUCUUGUACCAGUACGCGGGCCCGGGGCUGAGCCUGGGCGCGCCCGGCGGCCGCGCGCCGCCCGACGACCUGGACUUGUUCCCCACGCCCGACCCACACUACGAGAAGAAGUACUACUUCCCGGUGCGCGAGCUGGAGCGCUCGCUGCGCUUCGACAUGAAGGGGGACGACGUGAUCGUCUUCUUGCACAUCCAGAAGACGGGCGGCACCACCUUCGGCCGCCACCUCGUGCAGAACGUGCGCCUCGAGGUGCCUUGCGACUGCCGGCCCGGCCAGAAGAAGUGCACCUGCUACCGGCCCAACCGCCGUGAGACCUGGCUCUUCUCCCGCUUCUCCACCGGCUGGAGCUGCGGGCUGCACGCCGACUGGACCGAGCUCACCAACUGCGUGCCGGGCGUGCUGGACCGCCGCGACCCCGCCGCGCUGCGAACCCCCAGGAAGUUCUACUACAUCACGUUGCUCCGAGACCCGGUGUCCCGCUACCUGAGCGAGUGGCGGCACGUGCAGCGCGGGGCCACGUGGAAGACGUCGCUGCACAUGUGCGACGGGCGCACGCCCACGCCCGAGGAGCUGCCGCCAUGCUACGAGGGCACGGACUGGUCGGGCUGCACGCUGCAGGAGUUCAUGGACUGCCCCUACAACCUGGCCAACAACCGCCAGGUGCGCAUGCUGGCCGACCUGAGCCUCGUGGGCUGCUACAACCUGUCUUUCAUCCCCGAAGGCAAGCGCGCCCAGUUGUUGCUGGACAGCGCCAAGAAGAACCUGCGCGGCAUGGCCUUCUUCGGCCUGACCGAGUUCCAGCGCAAGACGCAGUAUCUGUUCGAGCGGACGUUCAACCUCAAGUUCAUCCGGCCCUUCAUGCAGUACAACAGCACGCGGGCGGGGGGCGUGGAGGUGGAUGAGGACACCAUCCGGCGCAUCGAGGAGCUCAAUGAACUCGAUAUGCAACUCUAUGACUAUGCCAAGGACCUCUUUCAGCAGCGCUACCAGUACAAGCGGCAGCUGGAGCGCCGGGAGCAGCGGCUCAAGAGCCGCGAGGAGCGCCUGCUGCACCGCGCCAAGGAGGCGCUGCCGCGAGAGGGCGCCGAGGAGCCGGGCCGCGUGCCCACCGAGGACUACAUGAGCCACAUCAUCGAGAAGUGGUAGUGGCGGCGCGGGCGGGGCGGGGGGACGCUCGGGGCCCACGGGCCAGCACCCCAAGGGCCCACCUCCCACCCCGCGAAGCUGUCAUGCACAGGGAACCCUCCGGCGGCCGCGCCCUGGGAGCGAUGGAUCCGUGGGGCUGGGCGGAGUGGCUCUUGCUGUCUGCUCCAGGCCAGGGGGUCAGAGGAAAGUGCUAGAAUGCCCUGGUGGGGACGGGCGUGGCAGGGCCUCUGGGGCAAGCAAGGAGCCUGCCCUCUUGCCCCUCCCCACCCCCGCGUCACAGCAGUUGGAGGUCUGAGGACAGUUGCUGGGCCAGGAGUGAGUCUCACUGCAACUAUGCACACACCUGCUCCUACUCACCUCUGGCCCAGCCAGCAGGGCUGGAAACCAGCGCCAGGCAGCCACCCCUGCCCUCCGGGGCCUCAGUGCCCCAUGGCCUAGGAGGCCCCCUUUCCCACUCCAGCCACAAUCAGAAUGCUUUGGGUCGAGAAACCAAAGCAGACUGAUGGAAUCCUUCCCCACCCCCACCUCCCACCUUUCCCAUAGUCCCCAGCCUGGGGUGGGCUGUGGGGAGGGGCCCCCGCACUGUGUGGCCCCCCCUUUCUGCGCAUCCCAAAAGGGAGAGGCUAUAACCAGGGAUGCAGCAACCUCCCAGGCAGAUGGGGCUCAGGAGGGGUGUGGGGACCGGGGUCCCUUAGCAGGCCGCACCAGCCCCCAGCCAUCACUGGACACUUCCUCAAGGGCUCACGGACCACUGCUCCCACUGGCCAUCGCCUGUGAGCCGUGCCUUGGGGCUGUGGUGCUUCCGGGCGGCCAGGAAAGGGGACUCCGGCUCCCAGGUUCUGAGCUGGAAGAAAUGGCUCUGGUGGCCUCCCUGGCACCCAGAUGCUACACCCUCCCCACCCCUGCUCCCUGCCUGUCCCACCCCGCCCUCUUCCCAGCAGUCCUGUGGGCUGGCCUCUGGCCCUACUACAAGCCAUGUUGCAUAUCCGUUGUAAGCACUUGCCCUGUGCCCCAUCCCAAUGCGCUCUGGACCAGGCCAGCUUCUUCCCCUGGCUGGGCCCAGAGAGCAAGUGCAUGUCCCUGACCCUGAAGCUGCACAGGGCCGCCCUGCCCCAGGCUACACUGGGCCACCACAGGUGUGGGAGGCAGGGAAUUCUGCCGCCCAGGAAUAGCUAGGGGGGUGACAGGUGAGGCUGUUGCCAGGCAGGAAGUGGCUUUGAUUGCUGCUGGUCUGUCACCUUGCAGCCUGGGGCUGGGCAGUCAGCACACAGGGCUGAGGAGCCAAGCACCAAGGUGAGUAGAGGGAAUGGCUCCUUUGAAAAGGCAGCCAAGGUCAUUAACGUGGGGUGCACCUGCUCUGACGCUCUCCGUGUAGGCUGGGCAUGCACCUAGAGGGAGGGUGGGACAUGUUCAGAGGAGCCCUGGGGGCCUCGCACAGGCCACACAGGGCACUGUGACUUCCCAGCAGAAGGCAGGGGCCUGGCUGCAGGCGGCCCCUCCUCGCCCUGGGCUCCCUGUGUGUACAGGCCCGCACACGGAAGAUCGGCUUUGUACAUAUUGGAAUAUGUUUUAACUUAUGCCCCACCGUCCCAGCUCGCGGAAGCACGGUGCCUUCCUCAUCUCUGCCGCAUAGUCCUGUCUGGGGCCAGCACCAGGCUGAGGUGCCCACAGGCCGCCGGCUCGGGGGCCAUGGUUGCAGCAUUCCUGUAACCCACCCCCACCUGACUCUGAGGACCCCAGGCAGCCAGGGGUCCUGCCCAGGGCUGAGACAGGUGCAAACCCACAGUGAGCUCGGCCACGCUCCCUCCUGCAGGAACAAGCCGGGGAAGGAAGAGUCGCCUGAGCGACAAGUCUGUGAACUUUUCGGGAACUGGAACUCUCUCACUCAAACCCGGGAGCGUUUAAAGCUUUAUUUAUUUAUAGCUUCUUAUUAAAAAAAAAAAAAAGUGUCGAGAAGAAAUCUUUGGGUCAUUCGUACAAAAGGAAAAAUGAUUGACGAUGGAACGGCGAGUCAUAAUCCUCCAAUUGUUUUUGUCUAGGUUGAGAAUGAAUGUUAGCAGACGAAAUAAACCUCAAAAGGCG